AGAAGAAGAACCAUUAGACGAUUGUUUACAUAUGAGCCAAAGUUUUUGCAUGGGUGUAUCAGCAGAUAUAGCGAGGAAGUAUAUUGAGGACAAAGUCAUUACAAUGCAACGUGACCUUUGGACGAACCCUGCUGUGCACAAAACCUAACAUCAUCUUCGUAUCCUCAUUCUCCACUCAUCCAGCAUGACUUCAGGGGCUUUAUUAGUGUGUCUACUGCUGUGUGGAGUAGAUGUCGGCUGGUCUGGCAGGGUUUUGGUGAUGCCAGGCGAGUACAGUCACUGGCACAACAUGCGUCCAGUAAUUGAAGCUCUUGUUGAUAAAAACCACAGUGUGACGGUUCUGGUCGGCUCUUCAUCUCCUACAGUACCGCACACACAGAAGGAGCGCUUUGAAUACCACGUCUUCAAAGUCAACAUGGAGAAAGAAGAAGCUGAUGCUGCGAUGAGAGACAUGAUUCAUCUAUUUACGAAUGACACCGCCGCCAAAUACGAGGGAGAAUUCGUGAUGUGGAAAGUGAUGAGCAAGUUCGUGGAGUUCGGAGAUGUUUAUUUCAGGGGCUUGUUUGAUGUUGGUCUUCUGAAGACGCUUCGGGAUUCUAACUAUGACGUGCUCUUCUCUGAUCCGAUGAUGCCGUUCUCUGACCUGAUGGCGCAGAAGCUGAACAUCCCGCAGGUCAUCUCCAUGCGCGCUACUUUCGCGUAUGCAGCGGAGAGACUGUGUGGUCAGAUGCCCGCUCCUCCGUCUUAUGUUCCUGCAGUGGCUCUGACAGAUCACCUCACCGACCGCAUGAGCUUCAUGGAGAGAGUUGAAAACAUGCUGCUCUACAUCGUGCAUUCAAUAGCGUUUCCAUUGGUUGCGACGUUUACUUUCGAUGGCUACUACUCUGAAAUACUGGGUAAACCCACAACUAUGUGUGAGACCAUGGGAAAAGUGGACAUCUGCUUGAUAAGAACGUACUGGGAUUUCGAGUAUCCGCGUCCAUUCCCGCCUAAUUUUAAAUUUGUCGGAGGACUGCACUGCAAACCUGCCAAACCCCUGUCGAAGGAACUGGAGGAGUUUGUUCAGAGCUCUGGAGAUCACGGCGUUGUUGUUUUCUCUUUGGGCUCCAUGAUCAAAAACCUGACAUCAGAAAGAGCCAACACUAUUGCUGCUGCUCUGGGGCAGAUUCCACAAAAGGUUGUUUGGCGUUACAGUGGGAAAACUCCAGAAACACUGGCUCCCAAUACUAAAAUCUACGACUGGAUCCCACAGAAUGAUUUGCUUGGUCAUCCAAAAACGAAGGCUUUCAUCACUCAUGGUGGCACAAAUGGACUGUAUGAGGCUAUUUAUCACGGUGUCCCGAUGGUGGGUUUGCCACUGUUUGGAGAUCAGCCUGAUAACCUACUGCACAUUAAAACCAAAGGAGCUGCUGUAGUCCUUGAUAUCCAUACAAUGGGGUCCAAAGACCUGGUGGAUGCUCUCAAAGCUGUCGUAAAUAACCCAUCGUACAAGGAGAGCAUCAUGAGGCUGUCCAGAAUCCACCACGAUCAGCCGAUGAAGCCGCUGGAUCAGGCCGUGUACUGGAUUGAGUUUGUGAUGCGGAAUAAAGGAGCCAAACAUCUCCGAGUUCAGGCGCAUGAGCUGAGCUGGUAUCAGUACCACUGUCUGGAUGUAGCGGCCUUCUUACUCUCCAUCACCGCUCUGAUCACAUUCCUCUGGGUUAAAGCAUGCUGCUUCCUUUUCCGCAGAUGUGUCAGGAAAACCCGUCCUGAGAGGAAAAGACAGAAGAAUAAAAAGGAGUGAAUGCAAAUGCAUGUACAGUACUCACUGAACUGCUGAGAUACUGCAAUUAAAAGCCGUAAAUCGGUUGUAGUGCAUGAGUGUGUGUGGGAAUGAGUGUGUAUGGGCGUUUCCCAGUACCAGUUUGCGGCUGGAAGGGCAUCUGCUGUGUAAAACAUAUGCCGGAAUAGUUCAAUCCGCUGUGGCGACUCCUGAUAUAUAAGGGUAUUAAGCCGAAGGAUAA